CUGACGCCAUCGCGGAGCGCGGCGGCGGGUGGCGGUCGAUGGCCGCGGCGGAGCCGUCGGCGCGCAAGCGGCGGCCCAAGGGGCACUUCGCGGCGGCGGCCGGGCGGGCCAAGCGGCCCCGCGGCGGCGGGCGGCAGCUGGAGGCCGGCAUGCGCGGCAUCCUCAUCACCUGCAACAUGAACGAGCGCAAGUGCGUGGGGGAGGCCUACAGCCUGCUGGGCGAGUACGGGGACCUGCUGUACGGCCCCGAGCAGUUCCCAGAUCCCGAGGAGCGGCUGUCCGGCAGCGACAGGGAGGAGGACGAGGACGACGUGGAGGCGGCCCUGAGGAAGGAGGUCGGCCAGAUCCGCGCCUCGACCGAGCAGAAGCUGCAGCGGUUCCAGUCGGUGGAGAGCGGCGCCAACAACGUGGUCUUCAUCAGGACCCGCGGCAUAGAACCCGAGAACCUGGUGCACCAUAUAUUAAAGGAUAUGCAUGCCACUAAAAAGAAGAAAACACGAGUCAUUCUGCGCAUGCUGCCAGUUUCUGGAACUUGCAAGGCUUUUAUGGAGGAUAUGAAAAAAUACACAGAAACGUUUUUUGAGCCUUGGUUUAAAGCCCCUAAUAAGGGUACUUUUCAGAUUGUUUACAAAGCGCGUAAUAACAGUCAUAUGAGUAGGGAAGAAGUAAUAAAGGAAUUGGCAGGAGUUGUGGGCAGCCUCAAUCCAGAAAACAAAGUUGAUCUUAAUAACCCACAAUAUACCGUUGUGGUGGAAAUAAUAAAAAACGUCUGUUGCUUGAGUGUCGUGAGAGACUAUGUUCUGUUCAGAAAAUACAAUCUACAGGAGGUGGUAAAGAGCAACAAAGACAGCACGCAACAAAACCCAUCAUGUCUGACAGAAGAACGGAACUCGAAGGUAGUAAAACCAGAAACUGAGGAGGAGGAGAAGAGCUCAGAAGAAGUAAAACAAGAGAACAAGAAUCAAGGUGAAAUACAAGCUGAGCCCAAGAGGAAUGAUGUGCUGACAGUGUAGAAAUGUGGUUGAAAGGAAAGGUAAACACAAUCAAAACCUAUUAAAAAAAGUUGCCCUAGAGUUCUGAAAGGGCAUUUUAAAGAGGAGAGUGGGUUUUGUUCUGAAAUCUUAUUUUUAAAAUCCACAUGUGUAAGAAUUUUAAUGCUGGUUGCAGGUGGAGCUGACGUUACAGCAGAUGUGAGUGCAUCACCUUUCUGGUGAAGCUUGCUGUCAUUUUACUUCUGAAUUGCCUUUACCUAGCACAAAAAGCUUGUGUGUGUGUGCAUGCAUAUGUCAAUGUGACCAUCCUGACAUAUAUUGACUCUCCUUUGUUACAUCUGAUGGCUACAGAAACCAAAAGGCAGUGCAGAAUCAGCUCUAUCGGGAAGUAUUGGGAGAAGCGAGAGAUCUGAAAAAACAGUUGCUUGCAGAGGAUUUUUAAGGCAGCGAUCUGACAACUUGUGUGGCUGCAGAACUCUGAUACAUUUUUCUGUAUGAACAACAGAAUGAGCUAAAACUGAUAAUUUCCUGUAUGAUGGAGGAUUACACAUAUAUAUAUAUAUACACACACACAUUGCCCUACAAGGAUACACUAAGUCUUGAAAGUGAAUGGGAAGAACUGCUAUGAUCAAAAUACUUGAAUACUAUGGGAUGAUUUAGAGGAUAGAUUUUACUGUUCUGGAACAGUCGAAGUACAGUGGAGGCAUUGCAGGUGGCUUUAGCAAAAACUACAUGUGUGUUUACAUUAGCUGUGCAUACAGCAGUUACUGGUUCAAAGAAAAUAUUGUAUCACUGAACAGAAUUCUUUUGAGUAAUUUCUUGUAAAUAGCCUUUUCCUGCUCUUUCCAAAGACUUAAUCCUUGGGUGGCGUGGGGUGGGGGGUGGGUGAGUGAUGAAGUCAUGGGUUUUGUUUUAGUUUGGGUUCCCCCCCCCCCGCCCCCCCUUAGGUCUCCAAAAUUUGAAUGUAAAUACUGCUUGAAAAUUUAUUAGGUAAAAAUUCUCCAUUAUACUAUACUGGUUAAGGGGAAUGAAAUUGAAUUUUUUGGUAAUAGUUUUAGCUUUACAGUAUUAAUUUUAGUUCAGGCUGAAAGUAAUGUUAGUGAGUCUUUCUGGUGUCUGUUACAGCAGCUCUUUUGAUAUCCCAGUGACUUUUAAGAACCAACCAAAUCCAGUGCAGCUAUAACCUGCUUUCCAGUAGGGUUUUGACUAUGCUUCCUGUACAACUGUCUAGCUUUAGCAUUUCAUUUCUAGCGUAAAAGCCCCUUCCUAACAGGAAAAGACUCAUCUUCAAGCACACCACUUGCUGCUCGUCUUGGUCUAAUGAAAAGGAUGUGUUCAAGUGUCUCAACAGUUUAAUUUAUAUUUUCCUCUAAUCUCAGAAAUUGUUAUAGCAGUUGGAAAAUUAAGAUGACUUUUUUCCCUAGUCCUGUCUCCCUGACCACCCAUUUAUUAAAACUCUGCUUUCUUACCUCCA